AUGUCGCACGACGCGCCGUCCACGACCGCGCACGCGGAAGAGGACGACGCCAUCUCCGUCGGGGCGCUGAUCGAUGACCUCAAGAGCGAGGACGUGGAGCUGCGAUUGAAGUCGAUCGCGAAGCUGGGGACGAUCGCCAAGGCGCUGGGGGCGGAGCGGGCGCGGAGCGAACUCGUGCCGUUUUUGGCGGAGCGGGACGACGAGGAUGAUGAGUGCCUGCUGGCGAUCGCGGGAGAAUUGGCGACGUUGAUCGAUGCGGUCGGCGGGGAGGAACACGUGCACGUGAUCCUGGCGCCGUUGGAGACGCUGAUAACGGUAGAGGAGACGGUGGUGCGGGCCAAGGCGGUGGAGACGGCGUGCGCGGUGGGUCGAGCGAUGACGCCGGGAGGGAUUGGGAAAUAUUUUGUGCCUUUGAUCGAAAGAUUAGCGCAAGGUGAUUGGUUUACGGCGCGAGUGAGCGCGUGUGGGUUGUUCGCGACCGCGUUUGAACGCUCGGAGGAGUCGCAGUUGGAGUUGCGUAACACGUUGACCGGGAUGUUUAGAGAUUUGUGCGCCGACGAGACGCCCAUGGUUCGACGCGCGGCGGCGCAGAACUUGGGAAAAAUUGCCAUAGUGAGCUCGGGAGAUUUCAUCGUGAACGAGUUGCUGACGAUGUUCGCGGCGCUCACGAGUGAUGAUCAAGAUUCGGUUCGGUUGCUCGUCGUCGAGGACUGCGUGGUUUUAGGCAAGUUGCUCUCUGCGACGGAUUGUGCGAACAAGAUCGUCCCUAUAGUGCUCAAGCUCGCCGCCGACAAGAGUUGGCGCGUUCGAUACGCGGUGGCGCAGCAAAUAUAUGAGAUGUGCGACGUAGUAGGCGCAGAGGUUGCGGCAAAGGGAUUAUUUGACGCGUACGUAGCCUUGCUCGGCGACUCAGAGGGAGAAGUUAGAAUUUCCGCCGCCGGUAAGAUUUCAGAGUUUUGCUCACUCGCGGGUGCGGUGUACUCCGCGGAAAAGAUCUUACCGAAAGUACACGAACUGGCGAAUGAUUCGUCUCAGCACGUGCGAGCCGCGCUUGCGGAGGCUGUAUUGGGUUUGGCCCCAACCAUGGGUAAAGACACGACGGUGGAAAAGCUGCUCCCGGUGUUUUUCAUUUUGCUCAAGGAUGAGUUUCCGGAUGUGCGACUGAACAUCAUCAGCAAACUCGAGCAAGUGAACACGGUAAUCGGGGUGGAGAUGCUUUCUACUGAGCUUCUUCCGGCGAUCAAAGAAUUAGCAGAAGACAAGCACUGGCGAGUUCGAUUAGCUAUCAUCGAAUACAUUCCGGUGUUAGCGCAACAGAUCGGCACGACCUUCUUGUUCCAAAAGGACGAAGGAUCAGACAGCGGUGAUGAUUUACUAAACUCGCUCUGUCUGCAAUGGUUGCAAGACUCAGUUUAUUCCAUUCGCGAAGCUGCGGCGAAUAACUUGUUCCGCUUGACGGAGAUUUUCGGAGCCGACUGGGCGCUCGAAUACAUUUUUCCACGCAUCAAGGAACUCAUGUCGUCACACCACUACCUCUAUCGCUUGACUGUGUUACGAGCGGUGUCGCUUCUCGCCCCAGCGGUCGGCGAAGAAGUGAUUCUUGGGGAAAUCUUGCCAAUCAUCAAGCAUGCUACGACGGACACCGUGCCCAACGUGCGCUUCAACGCCGCCAAGGCGCUCUCUCCGCUCAUCAAGGCGAUUGAUGUGGCAAAAUUCCAGAGCGAAAUCAGACCUAUUCUAGUCGGUCUUCAAAGCGACCCCGAUGCGGAUGUGCGGUACUUCGCGAGCGAAGUGCUGACGUCCGCCGCUUAGAUUCCGUCCCC